CACACACACACACAGAGAGAGAGAGAGAGAGAGAGAGAGAGAGAGAGAGAGAGAGGAGGGGUGAAUCUCUCCCGCCCGCAAAAAGUGUUGAGGACGCGGAGGUGAUGCUCACAGCGGAGAGCGGAACACGUUUCUGAAGACGAGGAGACGAAGAGAAGAGGAGACGAGGAGACGAGAGACGAGGAGACGAAGAGGAGAGGAGAGGAGAGAAGUCUGCGUCUCCGCCGCUGUCCCGCGUCUGUCUCCGGACACCGCACAGCGCCUCCCGGCUCCAGAGAGCGAGUCGGAGAAGAGACCGUUUUCACGCAGGACGCGUCAAUGUGACCAUCCGCCGUGCGCCCCCGCUGAUGGAGCAGUGGUGACCGGGAGGGGGAGAGGAGACGAGCCGCACAGAGACACGGACAGACAGACGGAGAGACAGACAGACGGAGAGAGAGACAGACAGAGAGACAGACAGACAGAGAGAGAGACAGACAGAGAGACAGACAGACAGACAGACGGAGAGAGAAUGGGCUGUGUGUGCGCGGUGCAGCGGGGCGCCUCGCUGUAACGCCGGCGCGUCAUGGCCGGGGUUCACUCUUUUGAUGCCGCGUCUGGACAUUUCUCGGAGCCUGCCGCCCAGGGCGCGACCAACGCCACGGCGGGAAUAACCACCGGCGACGCGGCGGCGCUGCUCCCCACCACCGGCACCCGCGCGUACUUGGAGGUGUCGGCCGCGGCGCAGGGCUGCGGGGCCGAGGGAGUUUACAGCAACGGACGGUACCGGGAGCACGGCGGCGGUCCGCGGCUGCUCGGGAGCGGCAGCCGCGACAGUUCCGCCGAGAGGAUCCACGGAGCGGGGAACGCGCCCUGCGGCAUCAUGAAGGAUGUUUCCAAGCAGAGGCAGGUGAGGAAGAAAACGGUUUCCUUCAGCUCAAUGCCAAGUGACCGCAAGAUCAACAGCACAGCUGCUUGCAUGGCCUUCAUGAUGGAGGGCUGUGAGAUGAAGAAGGUGCGCUCCAAUUCACGUAUGUACAACCGAUACUUCCUGCUGGACCCAGACAUGCACUGGCUUCGCUGGGAGCCAUCCAAGAAGGAUUCAGAGAAGGCCAAACUGGAGAUCAAGAGCAUCAAGGAGGUUCGUUUGGGAAAGAAAACUCCUAUUCUGCGCAGCAAUGGUCUCUCAGAUCAGUUCCCUGAUGAAUGCGCCUUCUCAAUCAUCUAUGGGGACAACUAUGAGUCUUUAGACCUGGUAGCAAGUACAGCAGAUGUCGUCAGCUCCUGGGUGAUGGGCCUGAGGUAUCUAGUGUCUUAUGGCCGGCACACUGUGGACAUGAUGGAGCCCAGCCAACCGAGUCUACGAACAUCGUGGAUUGGCUCGGUGUUUGACCUAGCAGACAUGGAAAAGGAAGGACACAUAGAUAUGUUUAGGGCCACCCAGAUAAUCAAGGGGCUCAAUCCUGGAAUGAAAGAGUCCAGGAUAGAGCUGAAGUUCAAGGAACUCCAGAAAGCUAAAGACCAAUACGGAGAGGCAAUAAACAUGGACACCUUUGUGGAGGCUUACUGUGAGCUCUGCACACGGCCAGAGAUUUUCUUCCUACUGGUGCAGUUCUCCAGUAACAAGGAGUAUUUAGACAGUAAAGAUCUGAUGCUGUUCGUUGAGGUGGAGCAAGGUGUGGAAGGUGUAACGGAGGACAUGUGCAGGGAAAUUGUACAUAAAUUUGAGCCAUCCUCCGAAGGCAGGGAAAGGAGCUACCUCUCCAUUGAUGGCUUUACACACUACCUCCUCUCCUCCGAAUGCCACAUCUUUGACCCCCAGCACAAACGUGUGUGCCAGGAUAUGACCCAGCCUCUGUCCCACUACUACAUCAACUCCUCACAUAAUGCCUCCCUCCUAGAAGACCAUUUCUGGGGUUCGUCAGACAUCAGCAGCUACAUCCGAGCUCUGAGGAUGGGCUGUCGCAGCAUUGAGGUCAUUGUAUGGGAUGGCCCUGAUAAUGAACCAGUGGUGUACGUAGGUAGCUCUGUAGCCUCACAGCUAGCUUUCUCUAAGGUCCUGGACAUUAUAAACCAAUAUGCUUUUGAGAGCUCUGAGUAUCCCCUGAUUCUCUGCCUGGUGACCCACGGCUGCAUCCCCCAGCAGAGGGUCAUGGCACAGCACCUGAAAAAGAUCCUCGGCGAUAAGCUGUAUGUUGAACCCCCCAACAAGGAGGAAAACUACUUACCCUCCCCUGAGAAACUCAAAGGUAAAAUUCUCCUCAAGGGCAAGAGGCUACCGCCUAGCUGCACUGAUGCUGAGGGCGAUGUGACGGAUGAGGAGGAGGGUCUGGAAUUGUCCCGAAGACUAGGGUGUGAUGAGAAGGACCAGCUAAAUGGCAUGGUCUACAAGAGACUCAGACUGUGCAGGGAGCUCUCUGAUCUUGUGUCUCUCUGCAAGUCUGUCCAGUUUAAGGACUUUGAGAUCUGCAAACGGGACCAAAAAUACUGGGAGAUUUGCUCCUUUAAUGAGGUGGAUGCAAACAGGUUUGCCAAUGAGUUCCCAGAAGAGUUUGUCUGUUAUAACAAGCGCUUUCUCUCCAGGGUAUAUCCCACACCUAUGAGAAUUGAUGCCAGCAACAUGAACCCCCAGGAUUUCUGGAAGUGUGGCUGCCAGAUUGUGGCCAUGAACUACCAGACCCCAGGCUUGAUGAUGGAUCUUAACCUUGGUUGGUUUAGGCAGAAUGGCAACUGUGGGUAUGUGUUGCGACCAGCCAUCAUGAGAGAGGAGGUGUCCUAUUUCAGUGCCAAUGCCAGGGACUCCCUGCCUGGCGUGUCUGCCCAGCUUCUUCACAUCAAGCUCAUCAGUGGGCAGAAUCUGCCCAAGCCUCGUGGCUCUGCUGCUAAGGGUGAUGUGGUGGAGCCCUACAUAUAUGUGGAGAUCCAUGGCAUCCCAGCUGACUGUGCUGAGCAAAGAACCAAGACUGUGUCCCAGAAUGGUGACAACCCUAUUUUUGAUGAGAGUUUUGAAUUCCAGAUAAACUUACCAGAACUCGCAGUACUGCGCUUUGUGGUGCUGGAUGACGACUACAUUGGAGACGAGUUCAUCGGCCAGUACACCAUCCCAUUUGAGUGCCUACAGCCAGGCUACAGACAUGUCCCUCUACAGUCUCUUACAGGAGAGUUCCUACCUAACACCACCCUGUUUGUCCAUGUAGCCAUCACCAACAGGCGAGGUGGAGGAAAGGCACACAAGAGGGGUCUGUCUGUCAGGAAGGGUAGGAAGGCCCGGGAGUACACCACCACCAAGACAACAGGGAUCAAAGUAGUCGACGAGCUCUUCAGAGCAUCCACCCAGCCUCUCAGGGAGGCCACAGACCUCAGAGAGAAUGUGCAGAAUGCCAUGGUGUCCUUCAAGGAGCUGUGUGGCUUGAACCCCGCGGCCAACAUGAAGCAGUGUAUCCUCACCGUGUCCUCCUGGCUGAUGAACAGUGAGCGGUCGCUGAGGGUGACGGUGGACCUGAGCGAGACCUACCCCACCAUGGAGGCUCAGGGUCCCGUGCCUGAGCUGCUGCGCAAAGUGCUCAACGCCUACGACAUGAUGAUCCAGACCAGCAGAACACUGAUCGAGUCGGCUGACGUGGUCCACUCCAAGCUCACACAAGCACAACGGGCAGGUCUGGACUUCCACGAGGACCUGCAUCGCAUCGGCGCAAAGGAGGGUCUGAAAGGCCGCAAGCUUCAGAAGGCCAUGGAGAGCUACGCGUGGAACAUCACCGUGCUCAAGGGCCAGGCAGACCUGCUGAAGCAUGCCAAGAGCGAGGCACUGGACACGCUGCGUCAGAUCCACUGUGCAGCUCAGUCCUGUGGCCUCAGUAAAAACGGAGCCGCUUCCCCACAGCUCCAGCAUCAUCCUCACCACCAGCCUCUGCAGGUCCAGAUGCAGCAACAGCAGCAGCCUCAGGCGAAGCCCCAUCCACAGCCUCCUGCACCACCAAUGCACCAGUCCCAAACUCAGCCCCAGUCCCAGAUCACACCUCAGGCUUACUUCCAUCCCCAACAACCGCCGGCCUAUCCUCAACCCCCGCCCCUCACUCAGCUUCAACUUCAGUUCCAGGGCCAGCAGCAGAGGGCGGCGGGACCCCUUGAAGUCGUCCCCGAGAAAGAGACGGUCAGCGACGGACCCGCGAGAUCCUGCUGACCCGCAGCCUGUGCCCACGGAGAAAACUCCCCAAAGAGAGACAGAGAGGGCGACGUAGAGACGGAGAAGCAGGAGGCCAGUCAUGAAAGCGAGAUGAAGGAAAUAAUGGACAGAGUGAAAGAGUUGAUGACGGUGAGGAAGACUCGCCGCGUUAGAAGUGAGACACAAGUCUGAGACGAGGGGGGGAACAAGAGACCUUGUUUUCUCUUCCACCUGAGCCUUGGUUUUGGUCUCCUCUGCCUUCUCUCUUGUGAAACGUAAAAGGGUCAAAGACAGUCAGAAAUUUCAGGCGUGCAUUUCUACAUUGGAAUACGUUUAGUAAUUGGAUCGGUACGGUUGGAUAAUCCUGUCUCUCUCUGGGCAGUGCUAGUUACAUGCCCCUCCACUGUGUAUUCUAGCUCUGUGGGUACAGGCUUUACCUCACGUUGGCGUUUUUAAUGCCACAAAUUGGCCUUUUUCCUUUUCUAGAGACUCCUCAGAUUUAGCUUUUUGUUUUUUCCUUCACGCUCAAGCUCUUCCUCCUUCCGUCUUAGACGUAAAGCUGCGAGCGAUCCCUCCCUCCUGUCAAUGAAGAGAUUGCCAUUUUCAUUUUAAGUCGAGCAGCUUUGUCUACGCUGAGCCCUGUAGGAGUCCCAGAUGACCAUUUCAGCACAUUCAGCAACCAGGGAGCUGUAGAGCUAAAAACUGAAAAACGACCUGCUGCUGUAGAUGUGUGCCAUCACACCGAUGCUCCGCUUCUGCCCUUCGCUGGUGUAAAUCCUUACACAUCUCCAAUGUCAUUCCUUAGGAUUUAAGCUCUUCAGCAUUCAUGGACUCUCCCCCCACAGGGUCUCCCUGUCUCCUCCCCCAGGGGCUGUGUGUGUGACGUCAUGUGAGUUGGUGUUUUGGUCCCCAAUGUGGAGCUAGUCCACAUCCUCGAGCCAAUCGCAACUGAGCAUCUGACCCCUCUGGAAAGGGGUCAGAGGUGAACAGCAGCAUGGCACUGCUGUCAAUGAAAACACAGAGUAAAGUAAAUGUAGAUGUAAACUGUAUGUAAAAUGUACGAAGGGAAAAAUGUAUUGCUAUAACAACUCUUGCAGACACAGCCAUCAAUAAUUGAUAUUAUAAUAAUUGUCGUUAGUUCUAUUGAUAUUCUGAUUCUUUUGUAACAUUACUUCCACAAACACAGUGAUUUGACACAUGAUGCCGUCGUGUGGUGCAGAUGAGGACAAACCAUCGCAACGACAGGGUCAAACAAACAAUCAGACAUGUGUUUCACUGCAUAAGUGAGUGUGGAUUCUGUAAGAGUUCCUUAAAGUGGCCCAUUAAAACUGGCUUCAUUGUU